CCGUUGCGAUCUUCGCCCUGAAAGAAGCACCAAUGGCUUCUGGUUUCACCAUUCCUCUCAUAGUUUUCUCUCUACUCUUCAAUGAGUACUGCAGGAAGAGGUUUUCCCAGGUUUUCAGGAGGAGCCCCGCACAGGUUCUUAUAGAGAUGGAUCGACGAGAUGAGCAAAUAGGAAGGGAAGAAGACUUUUACAGUCAGUUGCGAUCAGCAUAUUGCCAGUUAGCGUACAUUACAAAGGACUUGACCAUUUCUGAGGAUUUUUCCACAGCCGGACCCAACAGGAAGCGCUAACAAGAAGCAGCAGAUGAAAAUCCAGUGAAUCAUGGUAUGCAUG